UGCAGCAACCAUAACCGCCGCAAGAGGCUGGCUGCUCUCGCGAUCGCCAACACAGUCAGACAGCCAUACCAUUGACGAGAAGGUGUAUUGGCUGCGAUCACACGACUGGGCGGGUUGGGUAAGCAGCAGGAGAGGUAGAGGAGGAGUCGAAGGCGGCUCAACCCCCGCCGCACACGCUAUACCUUAGCGCAAAUACCACCUUCGACCACCAUCACCCAGCGAGGAGAGGACGCAUGGCAGGCGCCUUUACGCAUGUGGCCAACCAUCUCGUCGGGGACUCCGCUUCCGCUAUCAACGAAGGCGACGACAUCUCCACGCUCGAUGCCGGCGAGAGUGCGCUGGACGGCGAAUAUGGCCGCGGGAAUCUGAACGGUGGCCCGCGUCGGAGACGGGUUGGCGACGAUGAUGAGACAGAUGUAUACGAUGACGAUGACCUGGAGUCACUGGCAAGUCACGCGGUGAACGGUGCGAAUGGGCGAGCGGGACAGCAGCCAGCAGAGGAAGAAGUUGAGCUUCCGCCUCACGCGUGCGCAUACUGCGGCAUACACAACCCGGGCUCGGUGGUAAAGUGCUUGACGUGCUCCAAGUGGUUCUGCUCUGCUCGCGGGAACACGAGUAGCAGUCACAUUGUCAACCACCUUGUCCGCGCGCGGCAUAAGGAAGUCCAGCUCCAUCCUUCCUCACCACUCGGAGAUACAACGCUGGAAUGCUACAACUGCGGCACGAAGAAUGUAUUUUUGCUUGGUUUCAUCCCGGCCAAGAGCGACACGGUGGUCGUGUUGCUAUGCCGGCAACCUUGCGCUGCCAUGCCGAGCAGCAAGGACAUGAACUGGGAUACCUCCAAGUGGCAACCGCUGAUCGAGGAUCGCUCGUUCUUGCCCUGGCUUGUAACCACGCCAACCGACCAGGAGCAAAUGCGUGCGAGACAUCUCAUGCCGCAGGUCAUUGCGAAGCUGGAGGAGAUGUGGAAAGAGAACACCAACGCAACCAUUCAGGAUCUGGAGAAGAAUGCCGGAAUGGACGAUGAGCCUGCGCCGGUGUUGCUACGCUACGACGAUGCCUACCAGUAUCAGAACGUCUUCGGCCCAUUGGUCAAGAUCGAAGCGGACUACGAUAAGAAACUGAAGGAGGCGCAGUCGCAAGACAACCUUAUCGUACGGUGGGACUUCGGCUUGAACAACAAGCACCUCGCUUCAUUCGUACUGCCUAAGCUUGAGCUUGGUGACGUUAAAUUGGCCGUCGGCGAUGAAAUGCGCAUCCGCUACAUCGGCGAGCUUCGCGCGCAUUGGGAAGGUGUCGGCUAUGUUAUAAAAAUACCGAACAAUGUCUCCGACGAGGUUACCAUUGAGCUGCGAUCGCGCGGCGAUCACAAAUCGGUACCUACAGAAUGCACGCACAACUUCACAGCCGAUUACGUCUGGAAGGCCACCUCCUUCGACCGCAUGCAGCACGCCAUGAAGACUUUCGCCAUCGACGAGAUGAGUGUGAGUGGCUAUAUCUUUCACCGUCUGCUCGGCCACGAGGUCGCAGCCGCGCCCAUGAAGGUCAACAUGCCGCGCAAGUUCAGCGUGCCCAACCUUCCAGAUCUCAAUGGCAGUCAGAUCAAUGCUGUGAAAUCUGUGUUGACGAAACCGCUAAGCUUGAUUCAAGGUCCGCCUGGUACCGGCAAGACAGUCACAUCCGCCACGGUCAUCUACCAUUUGAGCAAGAUCAAUGGCGGUCAAGUCCUCGUUUGCGCGCCUUCCAACGUCGCAGUCGACCAGCUCUGUGAGCGUAUCCACAAAACCGGCUUGAAAUGUGUACGCGUGACGGCGAAGUCGCGCGAAGAUGUCGACAGCCCUGUCUCCUUCCUCAGCCUGCACCGACAGGUCCAAAUGAACGAUACCAACGUCGAGCUCAACAAACUUCAGCAGCUCAAAGCCGAGCUCGGCGAGCUUUCUUCGCAGGACGAGAAGAAGUUUAAAACUUUGACUCGCGCCGCUGAGCGUGAGAUUCUGAGCAACGCGGAUGUCAUCUGCUGCACCUGCGUUGGCGCCGGUGACCCACGGCUUGCGAAGUUCAAAUUUCGCACGGUCCUGAUCGACGAGAGCACGCAAUCUGCAGAGCCGGAGUGCAUGAUCCCGCUUGUCCUGGGCUGCAAGCAAGUUGUUCUCGUAGGCGACCACCAGCAGCUGGGCCCCGUCAUCAUGAACAUCCUCGGCUGUGCGCCCAUCCGUCUGCAAGUCCAAUAUCGCAUGCACCCUUGCCUCUCCGAGUUCCCAUCCAACAUGUUCUACGAAGGCAGCCUGCAGAACGGCAUCACCAUGCAAGAGCGCCUUCUCCGUAAUGUUGACUUCCCCUGGCCCGUCGCAGACGCGCCGAUGAUGUUCUGGAGUAACCUAGGCAACGAGGAGAUCUCUGCUUCCGGAACCAGUUACUUGAACAGAACCGAAGCUUCAAACGUGGAGAAGAUAGUUACGCGCUUCUUCAAGGCGGGCGUGAAGCCGGAAAGCAUCGGUAUUAUAACGCCGUACGAGGGCCAGAGAAGCUACGUGGUGCAGAGUAUGCAGCAAACCGGCACCUUCCGCAAGGAGAUCUACAAAGAGGUCGAAGUGGCAAGCGUCGAUGCUUUUCAAGGACGUGAGAAGGACUUCAUCGUGCUUUCCUGCGUGCGCUCGAACGACCAUCAAGGCAUAGGCUUCUUGUCCGAUCCAAGACGGUUGAACGUCGCACUCACGCGUGCGAAGUAUGGGCUUGUUAUUCUGGGCAACCCGAAAGUCCUGGCCAAGCAUCCGCUAUGGCAUUACCUGCUCCUGCACUUUAAAGAGCGCAAUUGCUUGGUGGAAGGUCCGCUGAGCAAUUUACAGACUAGCCUGCUGCAGUUCGGCAAGCCAAAGAUGUCUUACCGCGGACCGCAACGGUACCAGAUGGCGUGGCAGCAGGCGAGCCAGAUGGCGACGGGGCCGAGAGUUAACGGCGCUGGCGGGCCGCCUGCAGGCAGAGGUGCUCCUGGUGCUGAUGCAGGCAGCGUGGUGGGGUAUAUUCCGGAUGAUGUCUCAAGUGUGCAAUCGAGCGCACUCGGCGGUGGUGCUGCACUUCCCACCGGCCAGUACCCGCCCGUCUUCCAGGGCUUCCAAGAUACGUGGCCGACAUUACCGGCUAUGCAGCGCAAUGGUCUCGCACCACCUGGACCCGGCACCCCUCACGCUGGUGGAGCGCAAAAGCAUGCUCCGGCGAGCGUUGCAGGCGAGAGCGUUGCUGCGUCUGAGCUGACUGACGCUACGUCCGCCGCCAAUGGUGUUGUGGGACAGGGCGGGGUGAGUCUGGCAGGUCUGUCAAUCAACGAUCUGAACAAGCAGGCUAGUCUCAGUCAGAGCGACAAGCUGCGGAGGUAUGUGGAAGGUCAAGCGCCGCAGCAAUUAGGACCAAUUGGGGCGGGCAGGCACACGGUCAAUCGGUCUGCGCUUGGCAACGGCGACGAAGACGCUAGGAGCGUGAGUACGGCGUUUGCCAGCCAAAUGGGUGGGACGGGAGGGUACGACUGAUUGAGGGGCACUUGAUGAGGGGAGAUGGAUAUGCGUAUUGCGCACGAUCUCAGUUCUGAUCAGUCGCUGCAGUGCUCUUAUGCGAAAAGUAAUGCGAAAGAAGAAAGGGUAUGGUUUGCCGACAUAGGAACGCCACACAAGCGAGCGGCGAUGGAAGGUGGCGUGCCUCCUGCAGAAUUGCGGCAAGGGUCUCAACGACAGCUAUCGCCGACGUUGAGACGCUGCGCCAACCUUCGCGACACAUACCAGACCUCGGACCGCUGUCACGCACGAUGCCCUGCUACGGUUGCCUCCCGGGAUCGCCGUCCAGCUUAGAGCGUCAUCACAACCCGCACCGGAUCUGAACGUCCCAGCGUCACUCCUGCGCAUGGUGUCCGACGACCAUCCGCUACAAUUUCAUGGCAAUUUCACCAUCUGGCGUGCACGUAUGGUAUGGAGA